UAUAAGCAAAGUAUAAAAGGUUUCAGUAUAAUGGACGUAAAUAUUACUUUCCUCUAUGCGCAUUUUAUCACUUAUUAGUGUCACUCACCUCUUAAUGGUUAAACAAUGUCCAUUCUUUUAAACAACUUUUUCAAAAAUGUGGAAAAUUAAUACCGUCUCCCUGUCUUAUUAGAUACACAAUGACUUCAAAGAAAAAAAUUAUUCAAGAAACUUACCUCUUAACUAUUGGACAAGGUGGCCAAAAACACGUCAGACGUUCAACAUCCGUCCAAGGAAAGGCGACCGUCAGCAGCAAUGCGGCGAGGACGACGAAAACGACGACGCCACCUCCAACGACACCGACACCAUCAGUAGAACCUGUAGCAUCCAUCCCAGAAGCGAAACCCACUUUGAGCCAAAAAGAGCUAGAAAAAAUCGAAUUUUAUAAAACAUAUGAUCCGAUGGUGGGGAUUAGGAUAGCCGGAACACUGAGCGCUUUCUUCGGCCUAAUGGUCUUUAUGGUGGUAUACAAAAGCAGAAGCAAAACUAAUAGGCAACUGAAUGAUCCACGGCUAACUGCAGCUGCAGAGGCAGCUGUUGCCGAAGCGGAUGCCGAAGAAGAAGCAUUAGCUGCAGCAAUGGAGGCAAAAUUAGCUCAUGGUAGAAGAUCUCUUUGUCCCGAGCUGGACCGAUAUCCAAUGUCUUCGUCUCGGUUCUCAUCAAGCGAUGGUGGUUACGAUGCGUUCAAAAUGCCCCCAGUGAGGCGCCAGAGGCGUCAAAGAGGUCAAAGGGGUCCAAAAAGUCCUCCUGAAGAUCAAAGGAGAUACAGUUCAGUAACAUGCAGCAGCACGGGGAGUAGCUAUCUCGAGAGGAGGGAAUCAGCUACGACGUUGCCUUAUCUUCCACCGCCUCCAUCAUACCCACGUCAUGCACCUUCGUACGAAGAGCCCUGGGCAAUUUACCACAACGUAAAAUAUCCAAUAGACAUUCAGGUGACACAACCAACACCAGAGAGAUCAGCCUGUGAAAGUGAAGCUGAUUUCUACACUGCGGGCGUUAUGACGGCGAGGGCGCUCGCUUCCGGUAAACGUGCGCCCUUAGCUUCGAUGACGAGCGUGGACCCUCCGGAAGCAGAUUCCAGGUCGCUGGGGUCGGACUCGGUCUUCCUAAAUGAAGUGGAAGACAUUGAUACGGAGGACGAGGUCUCAGGAUUUUCUACUGACUCGGAUAUUCCGGGUCCCAGUUAUCGUCUGCCUCAGUUUCUGAGAGUACCGCAUAGUUCGAGACGUCCACUAGCUAGGUGGGACGGCUGUGAAGGCUGCGUGCCUAGACGGCGAGCCAGAGGCAGGUCGUGCCGAACCUGCUUGACCAUCAGUGCCACCAUCGAAACACCAACAUCCAAACCUGGCCCGAGCAGCAGCAGUAGUAGCAGUACGCUAAACUCACCGCCGGAUCCGCCGAUUGAGCUCAGACAAGGACCACUUGGGCCUAGGCUACCACGAGAUUCGCCUCCACGACGGUACAAGGAGACGCUCUUCUAG